AGCCCCUUGACAUAAACUACAUUACCCAUAAUGCGCUGGGCGUCGCCAUGUGACGCAGACACACCUCUUACUGUGAUUGGCUGCUUUCUGCAAGCGCUCACUACAUUAUCUUGAUUACCUUGGUUGAAGGUGAAAUUAGCUGUUUUUGUAUGCAGUUUUCCAUCGCAAUUAUGACGUCCUGUGCCCUUUACAGUACACGCACACACCUGUGCAGACACAUGGUACAUAAAUAUCUGAGCAGGACCUACAGCACACGAUUAUCUUUAAAUGAAGUCGUCAUCGUCAGUGCAGUCAGGACUCCUAUCGGCUCUUUCAAAGGAAGCCUUUCCACAGUCCCUGCAACUAAACUGGGUUCCAUUGCUAUUAAAGGAGCAGUCGAGAAAGCAGGAAUUCCUGUUGAGGAGGUGAAGGAAGUUUAUAUGGGCAAUGUGUUGCAGGCAGGAGAAGGACAAGCACCAACCAGACAGGCUCUUCUGGGUGCAGGUCUCCCUCUGUCCACUCCGGCAACUACCAUCAAUAAAGUGUGUGCUUCUGGGAUGAAGUCCAUCAUGAUGGCCGCUCAGAGUCUCAUGUGUGGGCAUCAGGAUGUGAUGGUUGCUGGUGGAAUGGAAAGCAUGUCUCAGGUUCCUUAUGUUAUGGCCAGAGAAGCGCCCCCUUAUGGUGGAGUGAACUUGGAGGAUCUGAUUGUUAAGGAUGGGUUGACGGACGUCUACAACAAAUUCCACAUGGGCAGCUGUGCUGAAAAUACAGCCAAGAACAGCGGUAUUUCCAGGGAGGAGCAGGACGCAUUUGCCAUCAACUCGUACAGCCGCAGCAAAGCAGCAUGGGAGUCUGGCAUCCUGGCCAAGGAAGUGGUUUCUGUGAGCAUCCCUCAGAAAGGAAAACCAGACAUCGUUGUGAAGGAAGAUGAAGAAUAUAAGAAGGUUGACUUCAGCAAAGUCCCCAAACUGAGGGCUGUGUUCCAGAAAGAGAACGGCACAGUGACGGCAGCCAACGCUAGUACGCUAAACGAUGGUGGUGGGGGUGUCUUUCUUGUUAAUGAAGAUGCGGCAAAGAGACUCAAUGUCACACCGCUUGCAAAGAUCCUUGCUUUCGCUGAUGCUGCUGUUGCCCCGAUCGAUUUCCCUAUUGCUCCAGCUUUUGCCGUCCCCAAGUUUUUGGAAGCAGCCGGUGUGAAGAAAGAAGACAUUGCCAUGUGGGAGAUCAAUGAGGCCUUCAGUGUCGUGGUGCUGGCCAACAUCAAGAUGCUAGACAUCGACCCCGACAAAGUCAAUAUCAACGGAGGAGCAGUGUCCCUCGGACAUCCAAUUGGAAUGUCAGGGGCGAGAAUCGUAGGACACAUGGUGCACAAUCUGAAAUCGGGACAGUACGGACUGGCCGGAAUCUGCAAUGGAGGAGGAGGCGCCUCUUCUAUUCUGAUCCAGAAAUAUUAGGACUUGGACUUUAAUCCACAGAAUGAAUGUAGGAUUUGGUCCUUGUGCCAGAUAUGUCUUCAUGCCUACAUUAUUAAUGCGAGGUCAGUCCUAUUUUUAAUUAAAAUAGGAAACAAACUUAUGAAUGGUCAUACAGUACAAACUUCUCAAAUAGUAGUAUUCAUACUGUGCUCUUGUUACAUAUUUCGUUACAUGGUGUUCAUUCUCAAAAUAAUGGUUUAAUGAAAGGGUUAAGAAUGUUAAAAUCUGUUUUUGCAAUGAAAUAGAUUAUUAGUUGUUUUCGUUGAUGUUGAAUGUGAUGAUUAUACUCAGAAAUAACACAAUGCAUUUCACCUGAAUGAACACCAGAUGGCGUGUGCUUUGAGCUAUGUUUGCUGAUUGGCUGAUGGAUGCUUUUCACAGACUAUAAUGAAGUAAUAACUAAAAUCUUGAAUCUAGUAUUUUUUUUUUUGGUUUUGUUUUUUUAAUGUAAUACCCCAUUUUAACAUUACACUUUAUUUUACCCUAGCAUUCAAUUUCAAACCAGAUUGUAAAUUUGACAUUUUUCACUCUUUUGAUUGCCUUAAUCAGUCUCUCUAUAUUUUUUCUUCAUUUGGAAUGUCAAUUUUUUUUUCUUUUUAUUGUUUUUUUUAAUGCUACAAGAUUCUGUUAGUUGGAAAAAAUAUGUUUAAGUGUUGAAAGCCGUAGGAAUGAGUGAUACAAAACAACAACAGAAAACAAAACAUAAUUAAUAAUAAUAACAGAA